GGGGCGCCAAGUUCCCGACGCGGUGGCCGCGGUGACCGCCGAGGCCCAGCAGACGCUGACCGGGGAACGUAGUGGGGCUGAUCUUCCGGAACAAAGUUGCUGGGCCGGCGGCGGCGGGGCGAGAGCGCCGAAGGGGAGCCGGAGCGCUGCAGAGGCGCGGGCCGGAGGGCUGGCGCUGAUCUGCACCCUUCUCAUCUGGAGAGCGGACUCCUGGCUGCCCGGAGGCGAGCCCCUUCCCGGGGGGUGGGGGCGGCAACGCGCGACCCAGCGGUCCUGCGCCCCACCCUCCCUCCUCCGCCUCCAGCGCUCGGCUCCAACAAAGGGGCAGGCCCGCAGCGGGGAGGAGGAGGAGGAGCCGCCGAAGGAGCGAGCCUCUCUCGCGCACAAAGUUGUGGAGUCGUUUUUCCUCGGAGCAGGGAAGCGGGCAGCAGCAGCCGGCCGCGGGCUUUCUCCCGCCGAGGGGCGAGGAGGAGCCUCUGGCUCCAGAAGCCGAUUGGGGAAUCACGGGGAGCGGCGCCCCCCUUCUUUUGGGUCAUUUCUGCAAACGGAAAACUCUGUAGCGUUUGGCAAAGUUGGUGCCUGCGCGCCCGUUCCAGGUUUGCGCUUUGACUGUUUUGUUUUUGGCGGAACUACCAGGCAGGAAGAUUGCACAAGUAAGGGGCGUUUUCAGUCGGGUGUCAAUUUCUUUUUCUUUCUUUUUUUUUUUUUAAAUUUCGGUUCGUGUCUGCUUCUCCACGCUUUAUUUUUUUUUAAAAAUACAUCGCACCACCAAACUCACACUCGCACACACCCCCGCGGUUACUCCGUGUCAAACUCCUAGAGGAGCCCUUGGCCAGCUCGGGGUGCGGCGGAGGCGACCGGCAGGCGAGAAGGCCCGCGGGCAGCAGGUAUUGAUGUCAAGCUGAACCAUCGUAGGAAGUCGAAACCCUUAGAAAGAGGACUUGGUAAAGUUUUUGGAUUAUCUUGAAACUCUGGCAAGAUGGCCAAGUAUGGAGAACAUGAAGCCAGUCCUGACAAUGGGCAGAACGAAUUCAGUGAAAUCAUUAAGUCCAGAUCUGAUGAACACAAUGACGUACAGAAGAAAACCUUUACCAAAUGGAUAAAUGCUCGAUUUUCAAAGAGUGGGAAACCACCCAUCAAUGAUAUGUUCACAGACCUCAAAGAUGGAAGGAAGCUAUUGGAUCUUCUAGAAGGCCUCACAGGAACAUCACUGCCAAAGGAACGUGGUUCCACAAGGGUACAUGCCUUAAAUAACGUCAACAGAGUGCUGCAGGUUUUACAUCAGAACAAUGUGGAAUUAGUGAAUAUAGGGGGAACUGACAUUGUGGAUGGAAAUCACAAACUGACUUUGGGGUUACUUUGGAGCAUCAUUUUGCACUGGCAGGUGAAAGAUGUCAUGAAGGAUGUCAUGUCGGACCUGCAGCAGACGAACAGUGAGAAGAUCCUGCUCAGCUGGGUGCGUCAGACCACCAGGCCCUACAGCCAAGUCAACGUCCUCAACUUCACCACCAGCUGGACAGAUGGACUCGCCUUUAAUGCUGUCCUCCACCGACAUAAACCUGAUCUCUUCAGCUGGGAUAAAGUUGUCAAAAUGUCACCCAUUGAGAGACUUGAACAUGCCUUCAGCAAGGCUCAAACUUAUUUGGGAAUUGAAAAGCUGUUAGAUCCUGAAGAUGUUGCCGUUCAGCUUCCUGACAAGAAAUCCAUAAUUAUGUAUUUAACAUCUUUGUUUGAGGUGCUACCUCAGCAAGUCACCAUAGAUGCCAUCCGUGAGGUAGAGACGCUCCCAAGGAAAUAUAAAAAAGAAUGUGAAGAAGAGGCAAUUAAUAUACAGAGUACAGCACCUGAGGAGGAGCAUGAGAGUCCCCGAGCUGAAACCCCCAGCACUGUCACUGAGGUUGACAUGGAUCUAGACAGCUAUCAGAUUGCGUUGGAGGAAGUGCUGACCUGGUUGCUUUCUGCCGAGGACACUUUCCAGGAGCAGGAUGAUAUUUCUGAUGAUGUUGAAGAAGUCAAAGACCAGUUUGCAACCCAUGAAGCUUUUAUGAUGGAACUGACUGCACACCAGAGCAGUGUGGGCAGCGUCCUGCAGGCAGGCAACCAACUGAUAACACAAGGAACUCUGUCAGACGAAGAGGAAUUUGAGAUUCAGGAACAGAUGACCCUGCUGAAUGCUAGAUGGGAGGCUCUUAGGGUGGAGAGUAUGGACAGACAGUCCCGGCUGCACGAUGUGCUGAUGGAACUGCAGAAGAAGCAACUGCAGCAGCUCUCCGCCUGGUUAACACUCACAGAGGAGCGCAUUCAGAAGAUGGAAACUUGCCCCCUGGAUGAUGAUGUAAAAUCUCUACAAAAGCUGCUAGAAGAACAUAAAAGUUUGCAAAGUGAUCUUGAGGCUGAACAGGUGAAAGUAAAUUCACUAACUCACAUGGUGGUCAUUGUUGAUGAAAACAGUGGUGAGAGUGCUACAGCUAUCCUAGAAGACCAGUUACAGAAACUUGGUGAGCGCUGGACAGCAGUAUGCCGUUGGACUGAAGAACGCUGGAAUAGGUUACAAGAAAUCAAUAUAUUGUGGCAGGAAUUAUUGGAAGAACAGUGCUUGUUGAAAGCUUGGUUAACCGAAAAAGAAGAGGCUUUAAAUAAAGUCCAGACAAGCAACUUCAAAGACCAAAAGGAACUAAGUGUCAGUGUUCGACGUCUGGCUAUUUUGAAGGAAGACAUGGAAAUGAAGCGUCAAACAUUGGAUCAGCUGAGUGAGAUUGGCCAGGAUGUGGGACAAUUACUUGAUAAUUCCAAGGCAUCUAAGAAGAUCAACAGUGACUCAGAGGAACUGACUCAAAGAUGGGAUUCUUUGGUUCAGAGACUAGAAGAUUCCUCCAACCAGGUGACUCAGGCUGUAGCAAAGCUGGGGAUGUCUCAGAUUCCUCAGAAGGACCUUUUGGAGACUGUUCGUGUAAGAGAACAAGCAAUUACAAAAAAAUCUAAGCAGGAACUGCCUCCUCCUCCUCCCCCAAAGAAGAGACAGAUCCAUGUGGAUAUUGAAGCUAAGAAAAAGUUUGAUGCUAUAAGUGCAGAGCUGUUGAACUGGAUUUUGAAAUCGAAAACUGCCAUUCAGACCACAGAGAUAAAAGAGUAUAUGAAGAUGCAAGACACUUCUGAAAUGAAAAAGAAGUUGAAGGCAUUAGAAAAAGAACAGAGAGAAAGAAUCCCCAGAGCAGAUGAAUUAAACCAAACUGGACAAAUCCUUGUGGAGCAAAUGGGAAAAGAAGGCCUUCCUACUGAAGAAAUAAAAAAUGUUCUGGAGAAGGUUUCAUCAGAAUGGAAGAAUGUAUCUCAACAUUUGGAAGAUACAGAAAGAAAGAUUCAGCUACAGGAAGAUAUAAAUGCUUAUUUCAAGCAGCUUGAUGAGCUUGAAAAGGUCCUCAAGACAAAGGAGGAGUGGGUAAAACACACUUCCAUUUCUGAAUCUUCCCGGCAGUCCUUGCCAAGCUUGAAGGAUUCCUGUCAGCGGGAAUUGACAAAUCUUCUUGGCCUUCACCCCAAAAUUGAAAUGGCUCGUGCAAGCUGCUCGGCCCUGAUGUCUCAGCCUUCUGCCCCAGAUUUUGUCCAGCGGGGCUUCGAUAGCUUUCUGGGCCGCUACCAAGCUGUACAAGAGGCUGUAGAGGAUCGUCAACAACAUCUAGAGAAUGAACUGAAGGGCCAACCUGGACAUGCAUAUCUGGAAACAUUGAAAACACUGAAAGAUGUGCUAAAUGAUUCAGAAAAUAAGGCCCAGGCGUCUCUGAAUGUCCUUAAUGAUCUUGCCAAGGUGGAGAAGGCCCUGCAAGAAAAAAAGACCCUUGAUGAAAUCCUUGAGAAUCAGAAACCUGCAUUACAUAAACUUGCAGAAGAAACAAAGGCUCUGGAGAAAAAUGUUCAUCCUGAUGUAGAAAAAUUAUAUAAGCAAGAAUUUGAUGAUGUGCAAGGAAAGUGGAACAAGCUAAAGGUCUUGGUUUCCAAAGAUCUGCAUUUGCUUGAGGAAAUUGCUCUCAAACUCAGAGCUUUUGAGGCUGAUUCAACAGUCAUUGAGAAGUGGAUGGAUGGCGUGAAAGACUUCUUAGUGAAACAGCAGGCUGCCCAAGGAGACGACGCAGGUCUACAGAGGCAGUUAGACCAGUGCUCUGCAUUUGUUAAUGAAAUAGAAACAAUUGAAUCAUCUCUGAAAAACAUGAAGGAAAUAGAGACUAAUCUUCGAAGUGGUCCAGUUGCUGGAAUAAAAACUUGGGUGCAGACAAGACUAGGUGACUACCAAACUCAACUGGAGAAACUUAGCAAGGAGAUCACUACUCAAAAAAGUAGGUUGUCUGAAAGUCAAGAAAAAGCUGCGAACCUGAAGAAAGACUUGGCAGAGAUGCAGGAAUGGAUGACCCAGGCCGAGGAAGAAUACUUGGAGCGGGAUUUUGAGUACAAGUCACCAGAAGAGCUUGAGAGUGCUGUGGAAGAGAUGAAGAGGGCAAAAGAGGAUGUGUUGCAGAAGGAGGUGAGAGUGAAGAUUCUCAAGGACAACAUCAAGUUAUUAGCUGCCAAGGUGCCCUCUGGUGGCCAGGAGUUGACGUCUGAGCUGAAUGUUGUGCUGGAGAAUUACCAACUUCUUUGUAAUAGAAUUCGAGGAAAGUGCCACACGCUAGAGGAGGUCUGGUCUUGUUGGAUUGAACUGCUUCACUAUUUGGAUCUUGAAACCACCUGGUUAAACACUUUGGAAGAGCGGAUGAAGAGCACAGAGGUCCUGCCUGAGAAGACGGAUGCUGUCAACGAAGCCCUGGAGUCUCUGGAAUCUGUUCUGCGCCACCCGGCAGAUAAUCGCACCCAGAUUCGAGAGCUUGGCCAGACUCUGAUUGAUGGGGGGAUCCUGGAUGAUAUAAUCAGUGAGAAACUGGAGGCUUUCAACAGCCGAUAUGAAGAUCUAAGUCACCUGGCAGAGAGCAAGCAGAUUUCUUUGGAAAAGCAACUCCAGGUGCUGCGGGAAACUGACCAAAUGCUUCAAGUCUUGCAAGAGAGCUUGGGGGAGCUGGACAAACAGCUCACCACAUACCUGACUGACAGGAUAGAUGCUUUCCAAGUUCCACAGGAAGCUCAGAAAAUCCAAGCAGAGAUCUCAGCCCAUGAGCUAACCCUAGAGGAGUUGAGAAGAAAUAUGCGUUCUCAGCCCCUGACCUCCCCAGAGAGUAGGACUGCCAGAGGAGGAAGUCAGAUGGAUGUGCUACAGAGGAAACUCCGAGAGGUGUCCACAAAGUUCCAGCUUUUCCAGAAGCCAGCUAACUUCGAGCAGCGCAUGCUGGACUGCAAGCGUGUGCUGGAUGGUGUGAAAGCAGAACUUCACGUUCUGGAUGUGAAGGACGUAGACCCUGACGUCAUACAGACGCACCUGGACAAGUGUAUGAAACUGUAUAAAACUUUGAGUGAAGUCAAACUUGAAGUGGAAACUGUGAUUAAAACAGGAAGACAUAUUGUCCAGAAACAGCAAACGGACAACCCAAAAGGGAUGGAUGAGCAGCUGACUUCCCUGAAGGUUCUUUACAAUGACCUGGGCGCACAGGUGACAGAAGGAAAACAGGAUCUGGAAAGAGCAUCACAGUUGGCCCGGAAAAUGAAGAAAGAGGCUGCUUCUCUCUCUGAAUGGCUUUCUGCUACUGAAACUGAAUUGGUACAGAAGUCCACUUCAGAAGGUCUGCUUGGUGACUUGGAUACAGAAAUUUCCUGGGCUAAAAAUGUUCUGAAGGAUCUGGAAAAGAGAAAAGCUGAUUUAAAUACCAUCACAGAGAGUAGUGCUGCCCUGCAAAACUUGAUUGAGGGCAGUGAGCCUAUUUUAGAAGAGAGGCUCUGCGUCCUUAAUGCUGGGUGGAGCCGAGUUCGUACCUGGACUGAAGAUUGGUGCAAUACCUUGAUGAACCAUCAGAACCAGCUAGAAAUAUUUGAUGGGAACGUGGCUCACAUAAGUACCUGGCUUUAUCAAGCUGAAGCUCUAUUGGAUGAAAUUGAAAAGAAACCAACAAGUAAACAGGAAGAAAUUGUGAAGCGUUUAGUAUCUGAGCUGGAUGAUGCCAACCUCCAGGUUGAAAAUGUCCGCGAUCAAGCCCUUAUUUUGAUGAAUGCCCGUGGAAGCUCAAGCAGGGAGCUUGUAGAACCAAAGUUAGCUGAGCUGAAUAGGAACUUUGAAAAGGUGUCUCAACAUAUCAAAAGUGCCAAAUUGCUAAUUGCUCAGGAACCAUUAUACCAAUGUUUGGUCACCACUGAAACAUUUGAAACUGGUGUGCCUUUCUCUGACUUGGAAAAAUUAGAAAAUGACAUAGAAAAUAUGUUAAAAUUUGUGGAAAAACACUUGGAAUCCAGUGAUGAAGAUGAAAAGAUGGAUGAGGAGAGCGCCCAGAUUGAGGAAGUUCUACAAAGAGGAGAAGAAAUGUUACAUCAACCUAUGGAAGAUAAUAAAAAAGAAAAGAUCCGUUUGCAAUUAUUACUUUUGCAUACUAGAUACAACAAAAUUAAGGCAAUCCCUAUUCAACAGAGGAAAAUGGGUCAACUUGCUUCUGGAAUUAGAUCAUCACUUCUUCCUACAGAUUAUCUGGUUGAAAUUAACAAAAUUUUACUUUGCAUGGAUGAUGUUGAAUUAUCGCUUAAUGUUCCAGAGCUCAACACUGCUAUUUACGAAGACUUCUCUUUUCAGGAAGACUCUCUGAAGAAUAUCAAAGACCAACUGGACAAACUUGGAGAGCAGAUUGCAGUCAUUCAUGAAAAACAGCCAGAUGUCAUCCUUGAAGCCUCUGGACCUGAAGCCAUUCAGAUCAGAGAUACACUUACUCAGCUGAAUGCAAAAUGGGACAGAAUUAAUAGAAUGUACAGUGAUCGGAAAGGUUGUUUUGACAGGGCAAUGGAAGAAUGGAGACAGUUCCAUUGUGACCUUAAUGACCUCACACAGUGGAUAACAGAGGCUGAAGAAUUACUGGUUGAUACCUGUGCUCCAGGUGGCAGCCUGGACUUAGAGAAAGCCAGGAUACAUCAGCAGGAACUUGAGGUGGGCAUCAGCAGCCACCAGCCCAGUUUUGCAGCGCUAAACCGAACUGGGGAUGGGAUUGUGCAGAAACUCUCCCAGGCAGAUGGAAGCUUCUUGAAAGACAAACUGGCAGGUUUAAACCAACGCUGGGAUGCAAUUGUUGCAGAAGUGAAGGAUAGGCAGCCAAGGCUAAAAGGAGAAAGUAAGCAGGUGAUGGAGUACAGGCAUCAGCUAGAUGAGAUUAUCUGUUGGUUAACAAAGGCUGAGCAUGCUAUGCAAAAGAGAUCAACCACCGAAUUCGGAGAAAACCUGCAAGAAUUAAGAGACUUAACUCAAGAAAUGGAAGUACAUGCUGAAAAACUCAAAUGGCUGAAUAGAACUGAAUUGGAGAUGCUUUCAGAUAAAAGUCUGAGUUUACCUGAAAGGGAUAAAAUUUCAGAAAGCUUAAGGACUGUAAAUAUGACAUGGAAUAAGAUUUGCAGAGAGGUGCCUACCACCCUGAAGGAAUGCAUCCAGGAGCCCAGUUCUGUUUCACAGACAAGGAUUGCUGCUCAUCCUAGUGUCCAAAAGGUGGUGCUAGUAUCAUCUGCGUCAGAUAUUCCUGUUCAGUCUCAUCGUACUUCGGAAAUUUCAAUUCCUGCUGAUCUUGAUAAAACUAUAACAGAACUAGCCGACUGGCUGGUAUUAAUCGACCAGAUGCUGAAGUCCAACAUUGUCACUGUUGGGGAUGUAGAAGAGAUCAAUAAGACCGUUUCCCGAAUGAAAAUUACAAAGGCUGACUUAGAACAGCGCCAUCCUCAGCUGGAUUAUGUUUUUACAUUGGCACAGAAUUUGAAAAAUAAAGCUUCCAGUUCAGAUGUGAGAACAGCAAUUACAGAAAAAUUGGAAAGGGUCAAGAACCAGUGGGAUGGCACCCAGCAUGGCGUUGAGCUAAGACAGCAGCAGCUUGAGGACAUGAUUAUUGACAGUCUUCAGUGGGAUGACCAUAGGGAGGAGACUGAAGAACUGAUGAGAAAAUAUGAGGCUCGACUCUAUAUUCUUCAGCAAGCCCGACGGGAUCCACUCACCAAACAAAUUUCUGAUAACCAAAUACUGCUUCAAGAACUGGGUCCUGGAGAUGGUAUCGUCAUGGCGUUCGAUAACGUCCUGCAGAAACUCCUGGAGGAAUAUGGGAGUGAUGACACAAGGAAUGUGAAAGAAACCACAGAGUACUUAAAAACAUCAUGGAUCAAUCUCAAACAAAGUAUUGCUGACAGACAGAACGCCUUGGAGGCUGAGUGGAGGACGGUGCAGGCCUCUCGCAGAGAUCUGGAAAACUUCCUGAAGUGGAUCCAAGAAGCAGAGACCACAGUGAAUGUGCUUGCGGAUGCCUCUAAUCGGGAGAAUGCUCUUCAGGAUAGUAUCUUGGCCAGGGAACUCAAACAGCAGAUGCAGGACAUCCAGGCAGAAAUUGAUGCCCACAAUGACAUAUUUAAAAGCAUUGACGGAAACAGGCAGAAGAUGGUAAAAGCUUUGGGAAAUUCUGAAGAGGCUACUAUGCUUCAACAUCGACUGGAUGAUAUGAACCAAAGAUGGAAUGACUUAAAAGCAAAAUCUGCUAGCAUCAGGGCCCAUUUGGAGGCCAGCGCUGAGAAGUGGAACAGGUUGCUGAUGUCCUUAGAAGAACUGAUCAAAUGGCUGAAUAUGAAAGAUGAAGAGCUUAAGAAACAAAUGCCUAUUGGAGGAGAUGUUCCAGCCUUACAGCUCCAGUAUGACCAUUGUAAGGCCCUGAGACGGGAGUUAAAGGAGAAAGAAUAUUCUGUCCUGAAUGCUGUCGACCAGGCCCGAGUUUUCUUGGCUGAUCAGCCAAUUGAGGCCCCUGAAGAACCAAGAAGAAACCUACAAUCAAAAACAGAAUUAACUCCUGAGGAGAGAGCCCAAAAGAUUGCCAAAGCCAUGCGCAAACAGUCUUCUGAAGUCAAAGAAAAAUGGGAAAGUCUAAAUGCUGUAACUAGCAAUUGGCAAAAGCAAGUGGACAAGGCAUUGGAGAAACUCAGAGACCUGCAGGGAGCUAUGGAUGACCUGGACGCUGACAUGAAGGAGGCAGAGUCCGUGCGGAAUGGCUGGAAGCCUGUGGGAGACUUACUCAUUGACUCGCUGCAGGAUCACAUUGAAAAAAUCAUGGCAUUUAGAGAAGAAAUUGCACCAAUCAACUUUAAAGUUAAAACGGUGAAUGAUUUAUCCAGUCAGCUGUCUCCACUUGACCUGCAUCCCUCUCUAAAGAUGUCUCGCCAGCUAGAUGACCUUAAUAUGCGAUGGAAACUUUUACAGGUUUCUGUGGAUGAUCGCCUUAAACAGCUUCAGGAAGCCCACAGAGAUUUUGGACCAUCCUCUCAGCAUUUUCUCUCUACGUCAGUCCAGCUGCCGUGGCAAAGAUCCAUUUCACAUAAUAAAGUGCCCUAUUACAUCAACCAUCAAACACAGACCACCUGUUGGGACCAUCCUAAAAUGACCGAACUCUUUCAAUCCCUUGCUGACCUGAAUAAUGUCCGUUUUUCUGCCUACCGUACAGCAAUCAAAAUCCGAAGACUACAAAAAGCACUAUGUUUGGAUCUCUUAGAGUUGAGUACAACAAAUGAAAUUUUCAAACAGCACAAGUUGAACCAAAAUGACCAGCUCCUCAGUGUUCCAGAUGUCAUCAACUGUCUGACAACAACUUAUGAUGGACUUGAGCAAAUGCAUAAGGACCUGGUCAACGUUCCACUCUGUGUUGAUAUGUGUCUCAAUUGGUUGCUCAAUGUCUAUGACACGGGUCGAACUGGAAAAAUUAGAGUGCAGAGUCUGAAGAUUGGAUUAAUGUCUCUCUCCAAAGGUCUCUUGGAAGAAAAAUACAGAUAUCUCUUUAAGGAAGUGGCAGGGCCAACAGAAAUGUGUGACCAGAGGCAGCUGGGCCUGUUACUUCAUGAUGCCAUCCAGAUCCCCCGGCAGCUAGGUGAAGUAGCAGCUUUUGGAGGCAGUAAUAUUGAGCCUAGUGUUCGCAGCUGCUUCCAACAGAAUAACAAUAAACCAGAAAUAAGUGUGAAAGAGUUUAUAGAUUGGAUGCGUUUGGAACCACAGUCCAUGGUUUGGCUCCCAGUUUUACAUCGAGUGGCAGCAGCGGAGACUGCAAAACAUCAGGCCAAAUGCAACAUCUGUAAAGAAUGUCCAAUUGUCGGGUUCAGGUAUAGAAGCCUUAAGCAUUUUAACUAUGAUGUCUGCCAGAGUUGUUUCUUUUCGGGUCGAACAGCAAAAGGUCACAAAUUACAUUACCCAAUGGUGGAAUAUUGUAUACCUACAACAUCUGGGGAAGAUGUACGAGACUUCACAAAGGUACUUAAGAACAAGUUCAGGUCGAAGAAGUACUUUGCCAAACACCCUCGACUUGGUUACCUGCCUGUCCAGACAGUUCUUGAAGGUGACAACUUAGAGACUCCUAUCACACUCAUCAGUAUGUGGCCAGAGCACUAUGACCCCUCACAAUCUCCUCAACUGUUUCAUGAUGACACCCAUUCAAGAAUAGAACAAUAUGCCACACGACUGGCCCAGAUGGAAAGGACUAAUGGGUCUUUUCUCACUGAUAGCAGCUCCACCACAGGAAGUGUGGAAGACGAGCACGCCCUCAUCCAGCAGUAUUGCCAAACACUCGGAGGAGAGUCCCCAGUGAGCCAGCCGCAGAGCCCAGCUCAGAUCCUGAAGUCAGUAGAGAAGGAAGAACGUGGAGAACUGGAGAGGAUCAUUGCUGACCUGGAGGAAGAACAAAGAAAUCUACAGGUGGAGUAUGAGCAGCUGAAGGACCAGCACCUCCGAAGGGGGCUCCCUGUUGGUUCACCGCCAGAGUCGAUUGUAUCUCCCCAUCACACGUCUGAGGAUUCAGAGCUUAUAGCAGAAGCAAAACUCCUCAGGCAACACAAAGGGCGGCUGGAGGCUAGGAUGCAGAUUUUGGAAGAUCACAAUAAACAGCUGGAGUCUCAGCUCCACCGCCUCCGACAGCUGCUGGAGCAGCCUGAAUCUGAUUCCCGAAUCAACGGUGUUUCCCCAUGGGCUUCUCCUCAGCAUUCUGCACUGAGCUACUCGCUUGAUCCAGAUGCCUCCGGCCCACAGUUCCACCAGGCAGCGGGAGAGGACCUGCUGGCCCCACCGCACGACACCAGCACGGAUCUCACGGAGGUCAUGGAGCAGAUUCACAACACGUUUCCAUCUUGCUGCCCAAAUGUUCCCAGCAGGCCACAGGCAAUGUGAAGUAUUCAUCCGGCCAACCAAUGUUUCCUGACGUACAGUGUUGCCCUUUUCAGCAAAUGCCAAUUCCAAGUUCCAUUAAAUCAGAAGCUCCAUGGCUCCUUGGCCCACGGUGUUGAGUGCUGACUGUGUGUUCUACUGAAAGAGUAAAACAAACACUGACUAUCCAAAGAGAAAUGGAUAUUUUGUUUUUAUAAUAACCAUAUAUUAUUGUUUUCUUCUUCCCUUUCUAUGCAAGUGUAAAUUAAUGAACAGAGAGGUAUUUGGAAAUGGUAAUACAUUUGUCACGGAUUUGUAUAAUGUAUACAGCAUUGGGAAAGUGGGUGGGGGCUUUCUAAUAUGAUACCGUCUUUUUAAUAACUGUGACAAAGCUUAUGUAAGAAUUAGAAGACCACUUUACAUUUUUACAUUCCUUCUGCUGUUCAUAUUAACCUUGCACAAUAACUUCAUUAUUUCUUUGACUCUUUUACCACAAUGUUUUGGUUAUUUAUAAUUUAUCAGCCAUAUAACCAACUAGAUCCCAAAUAGAUCCAUGUAUUUGUUUCCGUGAUUUGGCCACAUUAAUAAAUUCAUAAAUUUCAAUCAAAUAUCUUAUAUAUACACACAUAUGGUUUAGGCUACAGCCCUGUGUAUGCCGUUUAACUUUAUUUGACGUUGCCCACUUACUUCUUUGCUGACCACUUGGAUAACCGUAAUAAAAAUCCUAUAAGCCUAAAUGGCAUUUCUUUUGGGAUAUUUUUCCUGCAUUUUAUUCCCUUUUUAUAUAAGUAGGAAUUAAUUAUUUAUUUUAUGUCUUAAUCUAUUUGAUAAAGAAGACUACAUUAUAAUAAUCUCAAAGAUCGUAUUACCAAAGGUUGCCCACUUGAGCAUAUUUUCAUUUUGACACAGAAACAAAACUUAGUACAACCUUUCCUAGUUCCCAUGUCUUGAUUUUCAUCAUUACAUGCACAGCAGACCUUUACCUAUUGUGAUACCAGAACACAUCAUUGUCUUUGGUUCCCUUCAAAGAGAAUUUUAUUGUUGUUUUGUAUUUUCAAGUCCUUAAUAGUUCUUGAAACUCCUAGUUGUUUUCUUGCUGAAAGCAGACACACAUUUAGUGCACGGCUUAUUUUACCUUUCGGGUGAAAGAUCAGAUGUUUUUAUACCCUUCACUUGAUCAAUAUAUUUGGAAAGAAUGUUUAUCAAAAGUCUAUGUCACUGCUUCUACAGAAAAUGAAAUUAAUGCUUAGGUGAUGGUACCUCCACCUACAUCUUUGAGUGCAUUCAAUUAUGUAUUUUGGUUUAGCUUCUGAUUUAACAUUUAAUUGAUUCAGUUUAAACAUGUUACUUCAUUAGCAAAUGUAGAGGAACCAAAAAAAGGUGAAAAUAAUAUGUUUUGAUUCAAACCUAAAGACAUAAAAACAUAAAGACAUUUUAACUUUGGGUUCUCUUUAGCUGGGAUCUGGCCAGAAGGAGGCUUAAAGUUAGAAAUUGCUAUUAUUUUAGAAUAGGUUGGGUGGGUUGGGGGGCAAGGGUGUCUAUUUGCAGCAGAGAUAUUUUGAAAAGAAGAAAAUUGUUUUAUAUAAAAAGGAAAGCCAUGACCACCUUUCUACCUCAGAUCCAUCUUCAUCCAUUGCAUUGGAAACUGCUUUAUGCUGCCGCAGUCUGCAAAGUCUAGGGCUUUUAUCAGGCCAUGUCAUACCCAAGAAAGCACCUAUUUAAAGAAAAAACAAUUCCCUGAGCUCUCAACUCCAAGUUGUAGAUUUGGUGUCUUCCUUGUUCUUACUUUAAAAAGUCAUGUGUUAAUUUUUUUUCUGCCUGUAUUUGUAUGCAAAAUGUCCUCUAUCUGCUAUUAAAGACAAGCUAUGUAAAACACUACAUUGUAACCUUCUAAGUAAUAAUAAAUAAAAAGAAAUAUAUUGCAGUAACAACAAUGGGAAGUAAGUAUGUAGUUCUUUUGAAAUAUGUGGUAAAGAACUAAUCACAGACUAUCAUCUAAUCUGGUUACAUAUUGUAUUUUUCAUCCUGAAUAAAAGUAAUUUUAACACAA